CUGAUCUAGCUACUACCUGGGUUCUAUACGUGUGCACGGGCCGGCAAUGGCGCCUCCCAAGCUCUCCCUCCUCGCGCUCCUCUUCCUCCUCUUCCCGGCAGCCGGCAAUGCCGCCGCCGCCGCCGCCGCCGCAGACCCCGCCGACACGGUAGCCGCGGCGGCGCCGCCGGCACUGUUCAACGUGACGGAGAUCCUGGGCCGGUUCCCGGACUUCACGCUCUUCAACUACCUCCUAACCAAGACCAAGGUGUCCGCCCAGAUCAACCGCCGUGGCACGGUGACCAUCCUGGCGCCGGUCAACGCCGACGUGGACUGGCUCCUGCGCCGGAGCUCGCGGCUGCCACGCGCCGCCCUCGUGGAGCUGCUCGCCGUCCACGUCAUCCUCGACUACAUCGACGCCGCCAAGCUGGCGGCCCUGCCACGUGGCCGCCCGGGGGCCCCGCCCGUCGUGGCCACAACGCUGUACCAGACCAUGGGGGUGGCCCCCGCCGGGGAUAGAUCCGGGUUCCUGACGAUCACGCCGACGGGGAACGGCGGCGCCGUGUUUGCUUCGGCGGCGCCGGGAGCGUUAGUGAACGCCCCGUUUAAGAAGGCUGUUACGGCUAAGCCGUAUAAUAUAUCUGUGUUGCAGAUUAGUAACUUUGUUGUGCCGCCUGGGGUGAUUUCAAGGCCCAGGUUCGGCCCACCGCCGCCCAGGAGGAUCCGUUCCAUGGCCGUCGCGCCCAGCCCGGCGCCGGCCCCGGUGCUUCCGGCGGUGCCGCCCGUGACGAUGCCCGUGGAGGAAGGCACGACGGAGACGAUCCCGGUCGCUGCGCCGGAGCCGUCGGAUGGGAAUCGGGCGGUGGAGGCGAUGAGGUUGUGGUUUGGUGCUGGAGUGGUCAUGGCGUUGGCUUGCGUGUUGGUGACGGGUUUGUAGGGCGCAGCAGCUGAUGGGAGAGGUGAUCGAGAUAUUUGCAAAUUUUGUUUGAUCUUAUAUAAUUUAGUAGGAGGAGAUUUUGCUUAGGUUCGAACAAGGAUUGAAUUGAAUUGUUUUUUCCAACAAAGUUCACGUACGCAAGGUUUAUGUGAGAUUUAAAUGUUUCAAACUAAA